GAGCCGACUCACUGGGCCGUGGACGAGUCAGUCAUUCGAAUCACUACGCACACUUCCAGUGCAGACUGCCGGAAAGUAAGAGUGGUAGUUGUACGGAUCUUCUUCCUUCAACCCCACAACGUUCUUAACCUUUGCGCGGUACCCGAACCGAAGUCCACCCACACAGGAAUGGAGAACUCUGGCGCAUGUCAAGGUCUGACCAGGCCAAUUCGCUGCAUCGUCAAACUCGGAGGUGCAGCAAUUACUUGCAAGAAUGAGCUAGAGAAGAUUAAUGAAGAGAAUCUAGGGACUGUUUCUUCCCAGUUAAGGCAAGCAAUGUCUUCCGGGCCUGACUCCCAGAAGAUUCUUGGGAUGGAUUGGAGCAAGCGGCCUGGGGAAUCUGAACUUUGUUGUGAUGUGGGUGGUUUUUAUGAUCAAAUUUCUUGUGAUUCAAGCAACUUUGUAGUUGUCCAUGGAGCAGGUUCUUUUGGUCAUUUUCAAGCCAGCAAAUCAGGAGUCCAUAAAGGCGGAUUGGAUAAAUCUCUAGUUAAGGCUGGAUUUGUAGCCACUCGGAUUUCAGUUACUAAUCUGAAUCUUGAAAUUGUUCGAGCACUAGCUGCAGCUGGUAUCCCGUCAGUUGGCAUGUCUCCGUUUUCAUGUGGAUGGCUAACAUCUGAAAGAAAUCUAGAAUCAGCUGAUCUGUCAAUGGUUGUUAAAGCGAUUGAGUCAGGAUUUGUGCCGGUUUUGCAUGGAGAUGCCGUCCUUGAUAGUCAACUGGGUUGUACCAUUUUGAGUGGCGAUGUGAUAAUAAAACAUCUUGCAGCCUACCUGAAACCCGAAUACGUCAUUUUCCUGACAGAUGUUUUCGGCGUUUAUGAUCGCCCACCUUCAGAACCUGAGGCAGUGUUGUUGAGGGAGAUUGCUGUGACUGAGGAAGGGAGCUGGUCUGUCGUGAAACCGAACUAUGGAAGCACAAACAAGCCAGUUGAAAUAACUGUAGCUGCACACGACACAACAGGAGGGAUGGUGACCAAGAUAGCAGAAGCAGCCAUGAUUGCAAAACUAGGCAUUGACGUCUACAUUGUAAAGGCUGCAACGAGCCACUCCCAAAGAGCUCUAAGUGGAGAAAUGAGGAGGGGAAGCAUACCCGAUGACUGGCUUGGAACAGUCAUAAAAUUUGCUGGCAAACCAGCACAACAUUGAUAAACUAAGCUCAACUCUGAUACCAUGUUGACGUCUAUAGAAGUAUGAAAGGGAAAGCAUUAUUGUUCAACUUCUUCAAACGGAUUGACAACAGACUAUUUUCAGCUAGAGAGAUAAAUCCUUUCUUUUAAACCAUUGAACAAUUGUUUAUGUCAAUUGGUAAAAUCUGUCCUGAUCUAUUCCAGCGGGUUUCAGAAGCACGGUAUACGGUUUUUCACAAGCUUAUCUGUUCUUUCAUUGUUAUAUAUAAUGGCAUUUUAGGGCAGAUUCUGGUGAGC